CUGCUGACCGUCAUGGCUUCCACUGCUUUAUUGCUGCUGGUCAUCUCCUCCUCUGUCUCCCUGACAGUGGCCGUGUUGUUCGGUGAGCCCAGGAUAUUCGGAGAGGAUGCCACCGGUUAUGGCCCCAUAUUUGAAGAAGAGCCUGUGGAUGUGGUCUACACUGAGGACUCACCGGACAAGAGAAUCUCCAUGAACUGCAGGGCCCGCGCAAACCCCCCGGCUUCGUACAGAUGGAGGCGCGAUAACUGGGAAAUCAAGCUGAUGGAGCAGCCAGACGAGCACUACAGUUUGGUUGGUGGAAACCUGGUGAUCACUAAUCCUAUCCAUAAAAAACAUGCGGGGACUUACAUCUGCGUGGCCAAGAACAUCUACGGCACCGUCAUCAGCAAAGAGGCCAGGGUCAAGUUUGGAUUUUUAGAGGAGUUUCCCGAUGAGGAGAGAGAGCCGGUGCAUGUGAAGGAAGGACAGGGGGCGGUGCUGCUGUGUGCACCUCCAAAAGCUUGGCCAGAGGAAGUGACUUAUCGCUGGAUUUACAACGAGUUCCCCGUUUUCCUGCACACGGACCGGCGCCGGUUCGUCUCUCAGAAAACGGGGAACCUUUACAUCUCCAAAGUGGAAGCUCAGGAUGCAGGAAACUACUCCUGCUUCGUUUCAAGUCCCAUCUUAGGGAAGAGCGUCUACUCCAAGUUCAUUCCUCUGAUCCCCCUACCCCCUGAAGAUGGUGAGGAGAGAAGAUAUCCGGCAGAUAUCAGAGUGAAGUUCCCUGACACCACUGCCAUGCUGGCCUCCAAUAUCACACUGGAGUGCUUUGCUCUUGGAAAUCCCAUCCCGGAUAUUGUGUGGAGGAAAGUGGAUUCGACAGACCUCCCUCCAAAUCAUGAAAUCAGUGAAUCAGGAGCAGUGCUUCAUCUCUACAAUGUUCAGUAUGAAGACGUGGGAGCUUAUGAUUGUGAAGCCAUCAACACCAAAGGGAAGGAUUGGCACAAAGCCUGGCUCUAUGUGGAGUCCGCUCCAGAGUGGGCAGAGACCAUCAACAACACUCAAAUGGACAUAGGCUCCGAGCACACAAUGCGCUGUGUGGCAUCAGGGAAACCUUUCCCUUUUAUCCGCUGGUAUAAAGAUGGAUAUAUGUAUGGGAAAGGGGAGCUCAAGUUUUCCAGUCUGACUUUCGAUGACUCUGGGAUGUACCAGUGUAUAGCCGAGAACUUCUGGGGCAUCAAAUAUGCCAACGCGGAGCUUCGGGUCAUUGCAUGCCCUCCAACAUUUGAGCUCAACCCUGUUAAAAAGCAGCUUCUCGGGGCUAAAGGUGGACGGGUAGUGAUUGAGUGCAAACCGAGAGCCGCUCCGAGACCUCGAUUCACAUGGACGAAGGGCAAAGAACUCCUCUUCAACAAUUCUCGCAUUUCAAUCAUGUUUGAUGGAAGUCUGGAGAUCCGAAAUGCCACCAUAAAUGAUGAAGGUCUGUACACCUGCCUGGCAGAGAAUGACAGAGGAAAGGCCAACAGUUCGGGAUAUCUCACCAUGACAGAGGCGACCAUCCUCUCAGUAGCACCCGAGGACAGUGAGGUCAAAGUUGGUGAUGAGAUUGUUCUCAGGUGUGCUGCUUCAUUUGACCCCAUGCUGGACAUCACGUUCAUCUGGGCCAUAGACUUCAGAGUCAUUGACUUUGACUCUGAGUGGCAACAUUAUGAACGCGUUAUGAGUGAAGAUGGAAUUGGUGAUCUAAGAAUAAAAAAUGCCCAGAUAUGGCAUGAGGGUCGCUAUACAUGCACAGCUCAAACUGUGGUGGACAACGACACUGCUUACGCUGACCUUAAAGUUGUAGGUGUUCCUGGGCCUCCUGGUGUGAUCCGGAUUGAGGAGAUUGGGGACACGUGGGUGAGGCUGUUGUGGACCAAAGGAUCGGAGCAUAACAGCCCAAUCCUCUACUACACCAUUCAGACCAGGCACUUCUGGGCGCUGAAUGAAGACGACUGGAAGAAUGCAAGCACCUCUCCGACUUUUCUUGACGGAACAAUGGAGAAAGCUGAGGUAACUGACUUGUACCCGUGGAUGGAGUACCAGUUCAGGAUCAUUGCCACCAAUGAGUAUGGGUCAGGAGAGGCCAGUAUCCCAUCCCUCAAGAUAAAAACCUGGGAUGCUUCUCCUGUGGUUUCCCCGACUAAUGUAGCUGGAUAUGGAGGUCGAAAUGGUGAGAUCGUCAUCACAUGGGAUCCUGUGCAGCCAUGGUUCUUUUAUGGGAAAAAAUUUGGCUACAUUGUGGCAUUCAAGCCUCAUGAUGCCUAUGACUGGUGGUAUGAGACCAUCUCGGAUCCGGAGACGAGACGAUAUGUUCACAGAGAUUCCUACUUCGUUCCGACUGAUGAGGACUUCCAGGUGCGAGAGUUUCAGGUGAAGGUGAGGUCCUUUAACGUAAAAGGAGACGGACCCGACAGCCUCACUGAGGUCAUCUAUUACCCAAGAGAUGUUCCCACAGAGUCUCCAACAGAUGUGUAUGCCCGGCCAGUGUCCUCCACUGAGGCUGUGGUUUGGUGGCUGCCAGUGGUCGAUACUGGAACAGGUUUACAGCAGUACAUAGAGGGUUAUCAGAUCAAAUACUGGAGAAAAUAUGAUGACCCAGAACCAGGAGCCAAUCGCAUACUCGUUCCAGCAACAGUCAAUCAGACCCGGCUUGAGAACAUGCUGCCAGACUCACACUACCUCAUUGAGGUCAGAGCCUUCAAUGGAGCCGGGUUUGGACCCCCUGGUGAACACUGUGAGAUGUUCACAAAGAGAGCACCACCACCAGAGCCUCCCAGGAUGUGGCGCUAUAUCAGCUGGACUGGACAAUGGCUGUAUGUCUGGUGGGAUCACAUCGAGUACGACUGGUUUGGCAAUAUUUCCUUCCCUCUGUACUACAAGGUCAUGUUCAGGAAGACAGGAUACAUCUAUGGGAAGGUCUACAUUACUGGCUGGCACUUCAUGGACUUCCCCAUGCCUCAGGUUGGAGAUUUCGAACUGAUGGUACGAGGCCGUUAUGAAGGAGGAGAUGGCCCAGUCAGGAAGAUUAGGAUUCAGGGUAAAGCAUCGAUGAUCACGCCCAGCCUAAGGCUCAUGUCAUUGGUGCUUCUGGUGCUGUGCGUUAUGGGAUUGGCAGGCUCCAGCAGUGGUCUCCUGGCCCCGGUGCUCCAUCCAUCCUCGCAGCUCGAUACGGGCACAGAUGCUGUGGAAAGUUUAAGGGGCCCGCUCCCAAUGAGGUGGCUGUGUAUUCAUGAGCUGGAAAUGGGAGCGGGCAUGUGUAGGCAGCCUGCCACAAGAGGAGGUGUGUCUCCACGAGCCAAGAAGUGUGUGUACGAUGAGAGUGAGCUCACACUGAGAGAGGAGGUGGUGGAGGAGAGAGUGUCUGUAGGCAUGCGACUGAGAGUGAGGGGAAAGGAGUGA